AGGAGCGGAGGAGAGUGAUGCAGAGAGCGCGAGAGAGACAGCUUAGUGGGGGGAGCGUUUAAACAGCAAAACAAAUAGCCAUAUCCGUGAAAAACGGACGGGUUCCGUUGUAAUAUGUCCUCGAAUCGUUUUUGUAUCCACUACUGCGAUAUUUAGCCUAUGUUAUGACGUAGCCGACAUCUGUAGCCUACACAGAGAGGUAACUGUAGCCAAGCGAAACAGUGAAGAACAGGCGGCCGGUAGAGGACAGCCGGGGACGCUCACAGCUACUUUCAGAGAUGUCCCUUCUCUGUGUCCGAGUGAAGAAAGCCAAGCUGGAUGGACCCCAAGAGAAGUUCAACACGUAUGUGACCCUGAAGGUGCAGAAUGUGAAGAGCACCACCAUCGCUGUCCGGGGCAGCCUGCCCAGUUGGGAGCAGGACUUCAUGUUUGAGAUCAACAGGCUGGACCUGGGGCUGACGGUGGAGGUGUGGAAUAAAGGCUUAAUAUGGGACACCAUGGUGGGAACCGUUUGGAUCCCCCUGCACAGCAUCCACCAAUCAAACGUGGAGAGUCCGGGGGAGUGGUUGACCCUGGACUCCCAGGUCAUCAUGGCGGACAACGAUAUCUGUGGAACCAAAGACCCCACCUUACACCAGCUGCUGCUGGACACACGCUUUGAACUGCCGCUGGAUAUCCCUGAGGAGGAGGCACGCUAUUGGGCCAAAAAACUGGAGCAACUCAACGCCAUGAGAGAUCAGGAUAUAACUAACCAGUACUCAUACCAAGAAGACCAGGAGCGACCACUUCCUGUCCCAGUGACACAGUGCUGUAACUGGAGUCUGUGGGGAGACCAACAAAAUGAGGACCCAGACAGUGCUGUGGAUGACAGAGACAGUGACUAUCGCAGUGAGACCAGUAACGGCAUCCCUCCACCCUACUACACCACGUCCCAGCCCAACGCCUCCGUCCACCAGUACCCCAUCAGAGACCAACAGAACCGCCCCUCCUUCUACCCCCCCUCCAACAGCUGUGACCCCCUCGACUACCACCAGAGGGCCAUUAGUCCGAUGGGAAGCUAUGCGUCGUCGGCAGAGUUGAGUCACUGCAGCAGCCAGUUGAGUGAGGAGGAGUACGGGCCGGAAUACAGAGAGAGAGACCCUUACGAUGAGAAUGACUCCUACCACUCCUGCCACUCCUCUGUCAGCUACAGCAAAGGUUCUCCCGACUGGGACCCCGACGAGACCCAGGGGGCGUACAGCGAUGGGGGGGACUACAGUAAGGACGGGGGCGAGGAGGGGGCCCUCUAUGAGGAGGAUGACGGGGGUCUGUAUGAGGAAGAGGGAGCGUAUGAAGGAAAGGAGGGGCACGUAUAUGACGAUGAGGAUUACCAUCUGGAUGGGACCCACAGUGAGGAUAUGGAGGUCCCCUACACCCCCACCCCCACCAGCACGGCACCCCCCACACUGGACGUCCCAGGUGCUUCUAGACCCCCCCUGGAGAAACAGCCCUCUCUGCAUCAACAGCAGGCGCCACCUGGCCAACCGCCCAGCCAUGCCCCAAAUCAGGCCCACCCUCCAGGCAUGGCUCCAGUUGGACAGCCCCCGGGUCAGCCACCCACCCAGGCCCCUCAAGCCCAGUCUCAGCCUCAGCCAGCCCCUGCCCCAGCCCUUGCCCCAGCCCAGUCCUUCUUCUCCAUGGCCAAGCCCUUCUCAGCAGCAGUAACAGGCCUGGCCUCCUCUUUCCUGUCAUCUGGAGUCCCUACUGCCCAACCUGCCCAGGCUCACCCCCCAGCCUCCCAACCCCAGCCCCAGUCUGCUUCCUCCAUCCCCCCAUCUCACCCGCCAUUGCCACCCCUCCCCCCCAUGGGCCCCAGUCCACAACCACUGGCCCCCCCUCUCAGCCGACCCCCUCCACUGCCUCUUCCUCUCAGGCCCAGCCCCCUGCCCCUACAACCACCCAAUCAGAGGGCCCUGAUGCCAAACCCCCCCUGCCAGCGGACCAACUCCUCCUAG